CCCGCGGAGCCCUUCUCCGCCAUGGAGUUGGAGGAUGACUUCGAGCUACCCUGAAGUUGCAAAGGAAUUGGCCACGUGCCCCUUCAACGCUCGCCAUCUAGUUCCUCAAGCUGACCUUAGUGAUCACAUAACGAAGUGCAAUGACAAAGUGUUCAUUGAGGAAGAUAUAGUGAUUCAGUCCUCUGGCUUCCAGAGAGAGCAGAUGAAUGCUGUGAGCACGUGGCAGGCACCUCCAUGUGAUGAAGACUGGGAAACAGAGUUGUCGGAGCAGUCAGAUUCUCCUUUUGUUUGGGGUGUAACCAGUUCUGGCAUUAACAGUUCCAGUACAACCUUUGAACAGAAGAAUUGUUUGCCUUCAAGAGUACGUGCCCCUGAGUCCUUCCCAUAUGCCGUGUCAUGGAAAGGCUAGAGCAUCCUGAUCACACCUUUGCGGCUUCAAGCUUUAAGCCUUAACUUUGUCACCUGGGCGCGUGGUGCUUCAGUCAUACAAUAAUGGGGAAUCUUCUGUGAAUUCCCCACAAUAUGCAUAAUACUAAACAGGUGAAGUUUAAAGAGUACUCUUAAAUACUUUUCUAGUUUCCACUAGGAUUUUGUAGUUUGCUAACACUUAAAACAUGUUUGAGAGCUCUAACGUAACUGUUUUUGCUGGGGGGGACAGGGAGGGAGGAGGCAGGAGUGGUUUAAAUCACUAAAAAUACAUGUUUGGGACUGUGUAAAUGUUUGGAUUAAGCAGUACAUUUCUAAAAAUGGAUCCAAACUACAAAAUGGGAUCUAAAUAUACGAACACAAGAUUAAGAAACCAGACGUGGUAUUUGUCUAGAAAGAAAUUAAUGCCUUUCACAUUUUGAAAAGAAAGUUCCUCAAAAUACUGAAUUUUCACCAUCUGUAUCACUACCGAUGUAAAAUAAUACAGGAUUAUUUUGAAGUUUGGUUCUGUCAAGGUUCUUGUUGGGAAUUGAGAAUAAA